AUGGACUCAUACGGCUCUUCACUCAACCGCAGCCAGUCGCUGGCGAGCGGCCUGGAGAAGACUUCGCCCACGUGGAACAAGCCCUCCCACUCUCGCAGCAGCAGCACUCUGUCGUCCCGCCACUCCAGACAGAUCAUCAAAGAUUGGGAAGUGAUUGACGACCUCAAUGUAGAGAUGCAGUCAGGAGGCGACAACCCUCAGGACAUGACGACCCCGGGUAUCUGUGAAGGAUAUCUGCUCAAGAGGAGGAAGUGGCCACUUAAAGGCUGGCACAAGCGAUACUUUGUCUUGGAAGCCGGGAUCUUGCGCUACUGCAAAAAUCAACAAGAUGUCUCCAGGGGACGAGUCCAGGGCUCCCUUGACGUUAGCCUCGCUGUGAUGUCAAUAAAUAAGAAAUCAAACCGCAUCGACCUGGAUGCAGGAGACAUCCUCUAUCACAUGAAGGCAAAGAGCCAUGAGCUCUUCUACAUCUGGGUGACCAAGCUACAAGCCCACCGCUUGUUCAAGAAGAACGAGGCAGCGCACGUCCACAGCGGCUUCAUCCAGAAUCUGUCCCACAGCGCUGCAGCCGGAGAGGCUCAGAGAAAUGGCGAUUUGAGCUCUGCAGGGGCUCCAGAUCCAGCCGGAGCGUCAGGUGUGCUGCCCUCAGCUAACACUGCUGUGAACAGCAAAGUCUCUGCCUGGCUGCAGCAAAGCCACGACCCAGACGCCUGUGUUCAAGAGUUGAACCGAUGUCACUUGGACCUCUCUGAGCUAAACCGCUUAAUCCAGAGGCUGCAGGCGCUGGAGGUGGGCCAGGCUUUCACUAACGGAGACCUGCAGCGAAUCAUCAGCAUACAGAAUCUGUCACUUGAGAAGCCGAAGAAGCCAAAGUCGGGGAAGAUGUGGGGCCACUCUCGCACACUGUCCAGAGUGGAGGCUCUGGGAAUGCUGUCCUCCAGUCACCUGAACAGCUCCUCUCACCUUGGUGCGUCCGUCCCCUCUAUCCCCGACUACGUCUACUCUCAGCUGUCCCCUCCUACUGUCACAUCUCCGGAGGGCAAGAAAAUCCAGCAGGACAUCUGCGCCAUGUCGCUACGAGUGCUUGCAUCCCUGAAGACGGUUCAUGAGACUCUGUCCCAGGAGAGGCAGAAACUGCAAGAAGUCUGGGAAUCUAACAACAUCCACCAGUCUAACACAUUAGCUGUGCCCGCAGCAGGGAGGCAUUCAUCCAAUGGGCCUCCUUCAGUGGCAGAUUCAGCGGCGGAGUAUUUCGACGCCAGCGACGACAUCCUUUGUGGUAGUUCCUCCGAGGUGUCUGAAGAAUCAGGACUUAGUGAUGGAAGCACCACCAACUCGGAGCCGGAGGAAGGACACGCAUCAGCCACACGCAAGUACCGUGCGAGCAUUUCCAAGACUCCUAACAGUGUCGUUCCCAAGAGCACCGGGCGUCGCACACUUCCUGCUCACUGUCCUGACAACGGCCACGUGGGCCUCAUGGCUAUCCUCUACAACAACAUAGGUAAAGACUUGGCUCGAGUGUCCAUGCCUGCUGCCCUCAACGAGCCUGUUAACCUGCUGCAGCGGCUGUGUGAGGAGCUGGAGUACAGCGAGCUGCUGGACACCGCCAACAACACGCCCGACCCCUACCAGAGGAUGGUUUACAUUGCCGCCUUCGCUAUCUCUGGUUACUCCACUGCUAUGUUCAGGAACCGCUACAAGCCCUUCAACCCGGUGCUGGGGGAGACCUACGAGUGCAUCAGAGAGGACCGGGGCUUCCGCCUCAUCAGUGAGCAGGUCUGCCACCAUCCGCCCAUCUCCGCCUGCCACGCAGACUCAGACAACUUCUCUUUUUGGCAAGACCAGCGAUGGAAAAACAAAUUCUGGGGGAAGUCUCUGGAGAUUCUGCCAACAGGAAUGGUGAAUGUGACUCUGCCAAGGUACGGCGACCACUACGAGUGGAACAAAGUAGUGACCUGCAUCCACAAUGUGCUCAGUCAGCAGCGCUAUCUGGAGCAUUACGGCGAGGUCACCAUCCGAAACCUCAAAAGCAACGUCUGCACCUGCAAGAUUACCUUCGUCAAGUCUCGUUACUGGGGCUCAGACACAAACAAGAACGAGGUGCAGGGCACGGUGCUGGACCAAAGCGGGAGUGUGAUUCACCGGUUUGGAGGCCUGUGGCAUGAAGGCAUCUUCUGUGACACUCUGCCGACUCCGAAAUGUGUCUGGAAGCCAAAUCCACAGCCAAAGGAUUACCUGAUCUACUAUGGCUUCUCCACCUUUGCCAUGGAGCUGAAUGAAGUCACCCCAGACCUGAAGCCUCUCCUGCCUCCUACAGACAGCCGCCUGCGCCCGGACCAAAGAUUGCUGGAGGAGGGAAAGGUGGAAGAAGCAGACAUAAAGAAAGACGAGAUAGAGGAGUUUCAGAGGGAGCGGAGGAAAGAGCUCGGCAAAAAGGGUGAAGAGCAUGCCCCACGUUUUUUCAAGAAAGCCAAAGACUCCUGUGGACGGGACGUGUGGUUGACCAACGGGACCUACUGGAAGCUCAGGGAGAAUCCAGGUUUUGCUAAGAUUGAAAACGUAACUCUGUGGUGAUGGAGACGGCAGCGAUG